UUCACUUAAAAUUGAAUGGAAGUUGUGGAAAGAACUAGUUGGCAAGGAAACUGGUUUAGGAUGGAAUCCAAGCAAGGGUACUGUUGAUGCACCUGCCAAAUGGUGGCAUAGUAAGAUUCAGGUCAAUCCUGAAUAUGCAAAACUGCGUAAAAAAGGUCUUAAUCCUGAAUUGGAGGAGAAGCUAGAUAGAAUGUUUUCAAACAUUACAGCCACUGGUGAACAUGCUUGGGCACCUUCUUGUGGAAACCUUCCAUCUCCGAAUUCAGACAUAUGCAAGGAUGAUGUGAUUCCACUUGAAGGCAGUGAUGAUUCGGUGGAUUUUACUCCAAUAGAAAUAAGUGGGGGUAAGGAAGGUGUUUCAAGGAGAGGGAAAAAAAGAUUGACUGAUGAAGCUGAUUAGCACAAGAACGAUUUCAACACUCUGGUGAGACUGUGAGUAGAUAUUUCACUUAUGUUUUGGAUAUGGUGUGUAACUUGGCUAUAGAAGUCAUACAGCCAGAGGAUCGUGAGUUCAAGAACACUGCACCACAGAUAUUGAGGGAUUCUAGAUAUAUGCCUCAUUUUAAGGAUUGCAUCAGUGCCAUAGACGGUGUACAUGUUCGUGCUUCAAUUCGUCCUGCAGAUCAAAUACCCUAUAUUGGAAGAAAAGGGAUGCCGACCCAAAACAUAAUGGCUGCAUGUAACUUUGAUAUGCAAUUCAUAUUUGCAUGUGCAGGUUGGGAAGGCACUGCACAUGAUACAAGGAUUUUCUUAUCAGCCAUACGGAAUCCUAAGUGGAAUUUUCCCAACCCUCCUAGUGGAAAAUAUUAUUUAGUUGAUGCAGGAUACCCCCAAAUGAAAGGGUACUUGGGACCAUAUAAAAAUAACACAUAUCAUCUUCCAGAUUUUCGUAGAUGUGGUGGCCCGACAGGCCCUAAGGAGGUAUUCAACUACGUGCACUCUUCUCUCAGAAGCGUCAUUGAACGCACUUUUGGAGUCUGGAAGAAAAAGUGGAAGAUUUUAAGGGAUAUGCCUAACUAUCCAUUUGACAAGCAGGUGAAGAUAAUCAUUGCAACCAUGGCACUUCAUAACUACAUAAGGAGACAUGCUGAAAGUGAUAAACAUUUUGAUAAACAUGGAAAUGAGAAUAGCACUAUGGCUAAUGAGACCACCGAUAUAUAUAGAGGAGGAUACACAAGGAGUUCAUCGUAGUCGUCAUGAUGCCGGUGCACAAGAAAUGGAAGUAUUAAGAAAUAAUAUAGCCAC